AUGGACGGCAGCUGGGCAGCUGGACUGCAGCAGGAAUGUGACUACGUGCAGCAGAUCGAGAGGGAGCAGCAGGAGUGCCUAGAGGAGGCUCAAGUGGAGAAUGAGACUACAGGCUGCGGCAAGAUGUGGGACAACCUCACCUGCUGGCCGGCCACCCCACGAGGCCAAGUGGUCAUCCUGGCCUGUCCCCUCAUCUUCAAGCUCUUCUCCCCCAUGCAAGGCCGCAACGUGAGUCGCAGCUGCACCGCCGAGGGCUGGACUCAGCUGGAGCCUGGACCCUACCCCACCGCCUGCGGCCUGGAUGAUGAAGCGUCCAGUCUGGAUGAGCAGCAGCAGACCCUGUUCUAUAACUCAGUGAAGACCGGCUACACCAUUGGCUACAGCCUGUCCCUUGCUACCCUCCUGGUGGCCACGGCUAUCUUGAGCCUGUUCAGGAAGCUGCACUGCACCCGGAACUACAUCCACACCCACCUCUUCGUCUCCUUCGUCCUGCGGGCCGCUGCUGUCUUCAUCAAGGACCAGGCCCUGUACCACAAUGGGGAGUCGGACCAAUGCUCCCAGGGCUCGGUGGGCUGCAAGGCGGCCGUGGUCUUCUUCCAGUACUGCGUCAUGGCCAACUUCUUCUGGCUGCUGGUGGAGGGGCUGUACCUGCACACCCUGCUGGCCGUGUCCUUCUUCUCUGAGCGGAAGUACUUCUGGGGGUACAUUCUCAUCGGCUGGGGGGUGCCCAGCACAUUCAUCAUGGUGUGGACUGUCAUCAGGAUCCACUUUGAAGAUGACGGGUGCUGGGACACCAUCAACUCAUCCCUGUGGUGGAUCAUCAAGGCCCCGAUCCUCGCCUCCAUCUUGGUGAACUUCGUCCUGUUCGUCUGCAUCAUCCGGAUCCUGGUGCAGAAGCUGCGGCCCCCGGACAUCAGGAAGAACGACAGCAGCCCCUACUCGAGGCUGGCCAAGUCCACGCUGCUGCUGAUCCCCCUGUUCGGUGUACACUAUAUCAUGUUUGCCUUCUUCCCCGACAACUUCAAGGCCGAGGUGAAGAUGGUCUUUGAGCUCGUUGUGGGGUCUUUCCAGGGCUUUGUGGUGGCCGUCCUCUACUGCUUCCUCAAUGGUGAGGUGCAGGCAGAGCUGCGGCGGAAGUGGCGGCGCUGGCACCUUCAGGGCAUGCUGGGCUGGACCCCCAACUCGCAGCCGGCUUGGGGCGCCUUACACAACCGAAGCCCUCGGAUCCGCCCGCUCAGCGCUCACCCCAGUGUCCCUGCUGCGCUGGCCGUGGCCCCUUAG